GAGAAAUUUAUGCUUAUGGUCAAACGAAUCCUAAAAUAGAAACGUGUACAAGUAAAUCAAUCAUAGCGCGACUUGAUGCAAUGUGUGUUGCUGGCAGCUGCAACCUAUAAAAAUCGUAGCCGUGAUCCAUGUGAAUACAUCAAAUCAAAUACCCAAUAAGACUACUCCUCCACUCCUCCACAAAAUCUCUCUCGCUAUUACUUUCUAGAAAUUUCGUUAACAUCAGAAUCCUUCAUCUCUUCUCCGAUCCAACUUUGUUUUAACGAAGAUGAAUGAUGCAGAUGUAUCAAAGCAGAUCCAGCAGAUGGUCAGAUUCAUUCGCCAGGAAGCUGAAGAAAAAGCCAAUGAGAUCUCCGUUUCCGCUGAAGAAGAAUUCAACAUCGAGAAGUUGCAGCUAGUGGAAGCGGAAAAGAAGAAGAUCAGACAGGAAUACGAGCGUAAGGAGAAACAAGUUGAUGUUCGCAAGAAAAUUGAGUACUCCAUGCAACUCAAUGCCUCUCGAAUCAAGGUUCUUCAAGCUCAGGAUGACUUGGUCAGCUCCAUGAAGGAGGCAGCGUCAAAGGAUCUUUUAAAUGUCAGCCAUCACCACAACCACCAUAUCUAUAAGAAGCUUCUGCAAGAUCUUAUUGUUCAGGGCUUGCUCAGACUUAAAGAGCCUUCUGUCUUACUACGUUGUCGAGAAGCUGAUGUUUCUUUGGUAGAAGAUGUCUUGGAUGCAGCAAAGGAGGAGUAUGCAGAGAAGGCUCAAGUUCACACACCUGAUGUCAUAAUUGACCGGAUCUACCUUCCACCGGCUCCAUCACAUCACAAUGCUCAUGGUCCCUCAUGCGCUGGAGGAGUAGUUUUGGCUUCUCGAGAUGGGAGAAUUGUAUGUGAAAAUACACUUGACGCCAGAUUGGAAGUUGUGUUCCGUAAGAAGCUACCAGAGAUUCGCAAGUGUCUAUUCGUUGCUGCCUAAUGCAUUGGAUCGGUUUAUCUAUCACCUUUUGCUCGCGACUCUUGGGAUUCUGAAAAUGGUGCCUGAGUGGAUUAGUUAUUAUGGAUUUACUCGCAUACUAUUUCCUUUUUAUCUGCCCCUGUUGUGCUUAUAUUAUUAGAACACACUAUGAUGGACUCCUGUUAAGUGAUAUUUCUUCAGCAUUUUAGCAUGAAGUCUGAAUUAUAUUUUCGUUUUUAAUGUUCAAAAAUAAAAUGUAAGUUGCUGGAACCCUGAGUUUACUGGGAGGAGAUAAUAAAACUAUUGGGAGUUGAUGGCUCUCUCCUUACUUUAUUAA